AUGGACAUGCCUGCUACUUUCUCAAACAGCACAAAAGUCACCCUCUUCUUCAGCGCUUGGACAACAACCUCUGUUCCAGCGUACAUUUUCACUCUGCUCUUCCUCUUCGCCCUCGCCUUCUUGAACCGCUUCCUUGCUGCUCUCCGAUUCCAGCUCGAGUAUCACCAAUCUGCUACCUCUAUUUCGAUCCUCCCUCCGCCUCAGUUCCGUCGCCGAACCAUCCCCAAAGCACGGCUGAGUCCACUACCACAAUAUACCGCCAUCCACAAUGCUGAGGAGGAACAUUUCCAGACACCUGAGAGCAGUACGCUAGCUCCAGAUGAUGAAAAACAAUUCCGGUGCUGUCGAAUGUGGAACUACUUAUUUACACUUCUUCCCCAGUGGACCCCGAGUUCACCGUGGAGCUGGCGCGAUGGCAGUCUAGCGCUGCUGGAAGGGGUGCGGGCGUUUAUUGGAUAUAUUCUGUGA